UAUUCAUUUUCACACAGAAACUCCCUCCCCAGGAGCGGCACGCCUCUGCUUUUUUUCCAGUGCUCUCGCGAAGCGGAUGCAGUGCGGUUCGCUUGCAAACUGUUCCUGUCUUGUGAAACUCCCCUGUCCCGGCUUGUGUGGCCCUGAGAAUGGAAUUCCUGUGUGAAGUGGGAGUUUCCAGGAAGUAGCCAUAUUGGAUGCACGGAGCCUCUUCUACUGUGUCAGCGUACGGAGAGUGCGGAACGAAAAGAAGUCCCUCUUCGCUUAGCUCGCUUGUAAUCUACGCGCUCUCCACACAAUGGCUGCAACGGACGUGGAUGUAUUUUCCAGCGAAGAAAAGAGGAACCUCAGCCUGGGCGGCCAUGUUGGUUUCGACAGUUUGCCAGAUCAGCUGGUCAGUAAAUCGGUGACACAGGGAUUCUGCUUCAACAUCCUCUGUGUGGGGGAAACGGGCAUCGGCAAGUCGACGCUAAUGAACACGCUGUUCAACACGACGUUCGAGAACGAAGAGGCCAGCCACUACCAGAACGGCGUGUACCUCCGGCCCAGAACGUACGACCUGCAGGAGAGCAACGUCCACCUGAAGCUGACCAUCGUGGACACCGUGGGGUUCGGAGACCAGAUCAACAAGGAGGAGAGCUACAAACCGAUCGUGGACUACAUCGACACGCAGUUCGAAAACUACCUUCAGGAAGAGCUGAAAAUCAAGCGCUCCCUCUUCAACUACCACGACACGAGGAUCCACAUCUGCCUGUACUUCAUCGCCCCCACGGGGCACUCGCUCAAAUCCCUGGACCUGGUCACCAUGAAGAAACUGGACAGCAAGGUGAACAUUAUACCCAUCAUCGCCAAGGCGGACACCAUCUCCAAGAGCGAGCUGCACAAGUUCAAGAUAAAGAUCAUGAGCGAGCUGGUCAGCAACGGCGUCCAGAUCUACCAGUUCCCCACGGACGACGAGGCGGUCACGGAGAUCAACUCCUCCAUGAACGCCCACCUCCCCUUCGCUGUAGUGGGGAGCAUCGAGGAGGUGAAGGUGGGGAACAAAAUGGUGAGGGCCAGGCAGUACCCCUGGGGAGUGGUUCAGGUGGAGAACGAGAGCCACUGCGACUUCGUGAAGCUGAGGGAGAUGCUGAUCCGGGUGAACAUGGAGGACCUGCGGGAGCAGACGCACGCCCGCCACUACGAGCUCUACCGCCGCUGCAAGCUGGAGGAGAUGGGCUUCAAGGACACCGACCCCGACAGCCAGCCCUUCAGCCUGCAGGAGACGUACGAGGCCAAGCGGAAGGAGUUCCUGGGGGACCUGCAGCGCAAAGAGGAGGAGAUGAGGCAGAUGUUCGUGAACAAAGUGAAGGAGACGGAGGCGGAGCUGAAGGAGAAGGAGAGGGAGCUUCACGACAAGUUUGAGCAGCUGAAGCGCAUGCACCAGGAGGAGAAGAGGAAGGUGGAGGAGAAGAGGCGGGACCUGGAGGAGGAGAUGAACGCCUUCAACAGGAGGAAGGUGGCGGCCGAGACGCUGCAGGCCCAGUCCCUACAGUCCUCACAGCCCUUCAAGAAGGACAAGGACAAGAAGAAUUAAUUUUUGGGCACUACAAACCAGGCCGACCACGGAUUUGUCUUCCAUCACCAUAGAAACGUCAACAUUUGCUUUUUUCUGUCUUUUUAAAAACAUUUUUUAAACAUUCCUUCAUGACACUGUGUAAGUCGACCAAAGACAUUAAGGGGGAGCAAGAGACCGAGAGAGACAACGAGAGAGAAUGAGUGAAAGAGAAAGAGGGUGUGACAGAGAGAGAGAGAGAUAGAGAGAGAGAGAGAGAGGGAGGGGGGGAAUGUGUUGUAUGUCCUGAGUAGCUGAUUGGAUAAGUGAGUAGCCACGCCCUUUUAUAGGUUUUAUCAUGAUAUCAGUUAGGUGGAACUUUUUUAUUUUGCCUCCAUUGUUUGAAACACUUGGAGACUUUUGUCAAUGGCUCAUAAUGACUGCUAAAGGAAAGAAGAAGUCUGAACGAAAUCAUGGACUCUUGACGGCUCUCCCUUAUUUUGGUCAAUGGUACUUAACAUUUGUGUCUGCCUGUUCCUGGGAUGAUAGCCCAGGUGGUCCAGGUAACGUUGAGGAACCGUGUUAAGAGAACACAUGGCCUGCCGUCCUCAGCAUCAAAUUCUGUCUGAACUCUGAGCCAGACUAGGCAUUAAUUGCUUCAUACAUAGCAUUAACAUCAGUCAAAUAAUUAGCCUACCUGUAUGUAUGUUUAUAAGUACAUAUAUAUAUAUAAUUGCCAGUGAAAAGCCCCACAAGUCCAGUCUUAAGUCUACAAAAUAUUAAUUUCUCUGGUGCUGUUUAAAAAAAAAAAAAAGAAAAAAAAAAAAUUCAUCCAGAUGUGUAUGUGUAUAUUUUAAGAGCUUAUUUGCUUUGAGAAUUUAUACAGAUAUGCAUUGCUCUACAUUCCUAGUAAUCGUACACUAAGCAAUAUCACACAAAUGUUGUAUGUAAGAGUCUUUGUAUAUACUUCAUAUAAUGAAACUCAGUGAGGUGUCAAAAGUCCACACAGCUUGUGUGACGCAGAGACGCUAAAUUAAAUACUUUCGAUCCGUAUUUGUUUUUUGUUUUUUUUAUGUUAACUGUGAAAGGGGAGAAUGGCUUUAUUCGGUUUUCAGUGGAAAUAAAGUCAAAACCUCACUCUGGAGUUGUCCCCUCUGAAUCUCAACUUUUCUAUAAAAAAACAAAACACAAAAAGAAAUCUGAUCUGUCUGAUCCACGUUCUCUAUUCCCUGCGACAAUAAAUUCACCUCCUUGCUCCCCA